UAGAACAAUCGAAAUAUAGGGAAAAUCGCCGGAACAGCUGACAUUGUUUGGAUUACGAGAUUGUAAAUAAGAAUAUUGAAAUUAUUUUCCACACUUAAAACCAUUUGAAAUGGCGUAUUUAUUAAGACAAGUUGUUAGGACGUCUGUUCAGAGAAAUUUGUUACAAAUGCGGCACGCAACAUCCUCAUCAACUGAGGCCGCUAAUUCUGAACUGAACAUCCAGGUGAGCGAGAGUUGCCUCAAACGACUCCGCGAGAUCUGCACUGAUGGAUCCUUUUUGCGGGUGACUGUUGAGGGAGGUGGUUGUUCCGGAUUCCAGUACAAAUUUGAUUUGGACACCAAAUUGAACGAGGACGACCGCCAGUUUGGUGAGGAUAAGGCCAAAGUUGUGAUAGACACGAUUUCCCUGGAAUACUGUAGCGGUGCCACCGUUGACUACCACAGCGAACUAAUCCGUGCAGGAUUCCGCAUGGUGGCCAAUCCGCUAGCCGAGCAGGGAUGCUCCUGCGGCUCCUCUUUCUCAAUUAAAUUGUAAAUGUAUCUUGUUAAACGGUUUAAAUUUUAGCGAAUUAUUUAAUACACAUAGAAUGUUCAGUUAUAUACACGUCAACAAAA